AUGAGUGACGGGUUCUUUGCCAAACGGCAGAAAGUUACGCAUGCACAGAGCCUCAGCAUCGAAGAUUCUAAACCUUGGGUCGAGAAGUAUAGACCCAAGAAGUUGGAGGAUGUCACAGCCCAGGAUCAUGCAGUUACUGUUUUGCGAAAGACGCUAAAAUCAGCCAAUUUACCGCAUAUGCUCUUCUAUGGUCCUCCUGGCACAGGUAAAACCUCCACAAUCUUAGCCUUGACAAAGGAAUUGUAUGGGCCUAACCUCACAAAAAGUCGAGUAUUGGAGUUAAACGCCUCAGACGAACGUGGGAUAGCCAUUGUGCGUGACAAGAUCAAAAGUUUUGCGAGGUUAACUGUUUCAAAACCAUCCGCAUCUGAUCUCGAGAAUUACCCAUGUCCUCCUUACAAAAUUAUCAUUCUGGAUGAAGCCGAUUCUAUGACCUCAGACGCCCAGAGCGCUCUAAGAAGAACGAUGGAGAAUUACUCUAAUGUGACGCGGUUCUGUUUGAUCUGUAACUACGUCACUAGGAUAAUAGAUCCACUGGCGUCACGCUGUUCUAAAUUUCGAUUCAAACCAUUAGAUUCUUCCAAUGCUAUUAGUCGACUGAAAUAUGUUGCCUCCCAAGAAAGUCUCAAGUUUGACGACGGUGUUUUGGAGAAAGUCCUCGAUAUUUCCCAGGGUGACUUAAGAAGAGCGAUCAUGCUCUUGCAAUCAUCUUCCAAAUUAGUAAAACAUCUGGAUCCUCCGUUAAUCACUAGUUUGGCCGUUGACGAACUUGCAGGAACAGUUCCUAAUGAACUCAUUGAUACUUUAACAACAAAGAUAGCUAGCAUGGACUUUAACGAUAUUAUGAGCUGUGUGGCUAGUUUGGAAAGGAGCGGUUGGAGCGGGGCAGCCGUCACUAAUCAGCUUCACGAAUACUAUAUCAAUAAUGAUCAGUUUGCCACUAGAUUUAAAAACGCAGUUUCAUGGAUUAUAUUUGAUUCGGAUUCCAAGCUCACUAAUGGCGGCAACGAACAUAUCCAACUGGCUAAUUUAGCGAUUAGGGUGGCAAACUUGUACAGAAAAGGUAUGUGA